UUAUCUGCACUCGUUCGACGAUACACGUUUUUUUAGUGGAAGCGGUGUCGGUUUUAUUAUUACGUUUUAUUUGUAGUUCCCUUAGUAGAUUUUUGUUUGUUUAAAAGAAUUUCGUAAUGUUAAACUAAAAGCAAAUAAGCUGAGAAUAUGUUAAAAUUACAGUAAAAAAACCAACAAAAUUUCUCAAUUAAAAAUUUUAAAGAAAAAAAGGCUGUUAACAAAAUUAUAAAUUAAAAUUAAUCAAGUUUUCCUCGAGACUUCUAACGUGCCAUAACACCUUAACGCCACAAUGAUAAGACGUGUUUUUACUUAUAGCGUUUUAGGCGCCAGUGCCAUUGGAACCGGUUUAAGUUUACACACCAAUGACUACGAUUUAAAUUCAUUGGGUAUAGUGCGUCUGGGACGUUCGGCCGUGGCUGUGGUAGAUGUAGCUUUAACCUAUAAACGUGAAUUAUAUUACAAAGAAUGGGAUAAGAAUUCCCCUGAAUAUAAACAGGAAAAAAGUCGAGUGCACAAAAUAGCCGCCGAAAGACUUCUGGAAUUAAUUUGUACAAAUAAGGGCGUGUAUAUUAAGGUGGGCCAACAUAUAGGUGCCUUGGAUUAUUUACUGCCUAAGGAAUUUGUUCAAACCAUGAAGGUUUUACACUCUAAUGCUCCACAAAAUCCCAUCGAAGAUUUAUAUAAAGUUAUAAAACAUGAUUUGAAACGUAAUCCUGAGGAUAUAUUUGAUAAUUUUGAAAGAGAGCCUUUGGGCACUGCCUCUUUGGCUCAAGUCCAUAAAGCCACAUUAAAGACCGGAGAAGUGGUGGCGGUUAAAGUGCAGCAUCCUUAUGUUAAGGGCAACUCCAGAGUGGAUAUGAAAACCAUGGAAUUGGCAGUAAAAGCUUUGGCUUUAAUCUUUCCCGAUUUCAAAAUACAAUGGCUGGUGGAUGAGUCUAAAAAGAAUUUACCCAUUGAAUUGGAUUUCCUCAACGAGGGUAAAAAUGCUGAAAAAGUACAAAAGCAAUUCCUUAAAUACAAUUGGCUGAAAAUACCCAAAAUCUAUUGGGACUAUUGUUCGCCACGUGUUCUAGUCAUGGAAUUUCUGGAAGGGGGCCAAGUUACCGAUUUAGAAUAUAUACGCAAAAAUCACAUAGAUCCUGUAACAGUUUCCAAUAAAAUAGGUCAACUGUAUUCGGAAAUGAUCUUCAAUACAGGUUUUGUACACAGUGAUCCUCAUCCGGGUAAUAUAUUGGUGCGAAAAAAUGAACAAAAAAAGGUAGAAAUUGUAUUACUCGAUCAUGGUUUAUAUGCCAAUUUAACGGAUAAAUUUCGUUAUGAUUAUUCCAAAUUAUGGUUGAGUAUUUUAAAUGUUGAUCGUGUGGGUAUGCGUAAAUAUUCUCACAAUUUGGGUAUUAAAGGAGAUUUAUAUGGACUUUUUGCCUGCAUGGUUACGGGACGACCGUGGGAGACUUUAGUGCAGGGUGUUAAUAAAGUUAAAUAUACCAAAGAAGAGAAAAACACUCUCCAAAAUAAUACUUCACUAGUACUACCUCAUAUAUCCGAUGUACUCGAACAAGUCGAUCGUCAAAUGUUAUUGAUUUUGAAAACCAACGAUUUGAUACGUGGCAUUGAAUCAACAUUACGCACACAAAAUCGCAUGACCGCUUUUUGGGUCAUGUCCAAAUGUUGCCUGCACUCUUCGUUUAGCGAAGAAAUGACACAAAGCACAAAGAAAUCACAACGUUUGGGUAUUUUCUUGCGCGAGAAAUGGGAAAUUUUCAAAUUGAAUAUUUACUAUUUGUAUUUGGGCUUAAUUAAUUUUGGUUUAAUAGCUUCUGUCAGAGAAUUACUUUGAUAAUUAUUUUAACCUGUAGGAUUUCUUGUUUUUUUUAUGUUGUGCUAGUUAGUUAAUUUAUUAAAGAAUGCUAAACAUUUUAAAUAAUUUUUUAUAUAUACUGUAAAUGUACAGUUAAAAUAAAGUCAGGAAUUUGCUUAAUGUUUAAUUUGUUUUAAUUUAAUAUUAGUAUUAAAUAUUUUUAAUAAAACACGAAGAAAU